AUGGCGGACCAUGACCUUGUUCUUAUUUUCGUCCAGUCUCUCAACAAGUAUUGGGAUGUUCUCAGGCACACAACGCAAAACCAGAAAAAAAAGGGUUUGGCCUCAGGUUCAAGGAUAGGGAAUAUCCUCCGCGACGGAUGGAUGCAUGGCUGGCGUUGGGAGAUAUGGUUAGUUUUUUGCAUGGGCGGCCAGACAGGCAGGAAUCCAAUCCACGCACAGAUGGAUGUGUUGGUUGAGCUGCUCACAAUGUGCCCACAGAUCGGCAUGAUCGAGAACGAACAGAAAGAAGACCGGGACACCCACUGGUAUAUAGAUGGUCAAUGUGAAGAACGUUUCCAAAUUUCUACAACCCUCACGCUCGCGCUUGCGCAACAUGUUUCUCCCCACCCAUCCACACUCACCUUACUCAACGCUCUUCACAAUCGCAAACACGCAACUCGCGCACGCACUUCUCAGCGGCUAUGGCACGCGUUUGGUGACUCGUUCUUUUCGGUUAGUUCGCCGGCUUCCGAAAUCUUGUUGCGGUUCUUGGGACGUCGAGUAAAGGUCUGUCCCUGUUGGCUUAUAAGUUUUCGUUGCCUUUGCCUAACUUGGAGGGGGAACCAGAUCUUGAACAAGGGCAAUCUGGUGUGGUGGCAGUCGGCGGACGAUUCAAGGUAA